GAGCGCGCGCAUCAGACUGCGCGACCAGUGGGCUCAACGCAGCCGGACAGACCACACUGGUAAUAGUGGUCAAUGCUUCGUAACAAUAAUAAAUAACAGAAAUACAAACAAGUGAGCGUGAUGAUCAAUAAACUGCUGCUGGUUUGCGCAGCUUUGUCGUGUGCGCUGGCGCAUCAACACCACGACCAUGCAGUCUCUUCAAAGCCCGAGCCGUCGGCUAAACCCCAACCGCCCGCGGCAACGCCAAAGCCCGGCUCUCCCACCAAGCCCUCAGCCCCCGGCCCCGUGACGGUGACGCCGGCGGGCGCGGUCCGCGGCUCGUGGAUGGACUCGCGGCUCGGGCGCCGCUUCCAGGCCUACCGCGGCAUCCGCUACGCGCAACCGCCCGUAGGAGAACUACGAUUCCAGCCUCCAGUUGACAUGACGACAUACCCAUCAGAAGUAGAUGCCAGUGCAGAUGGACCUGCAUGUCCGUUGCCUGUCGAACCCGGAGAGUACUACGUUGACGAGGACUGUCUUAGAAUCAAUGUCUACACUCCGGGAAACAACAGUGGUCGUAAGCUGCCAGUGAUCUUUUUCAUCCACCCGGGCGGUUUCUACUCGAUGACCGGACGUUCCGACCUCUUUGGGCCUGACUAUCUGCUUGAUAGAGAUAUCGUGUUGGUUACCAUCAACUACCGACUGGCCUCUCUUGGAUUCCUGAGCACUGGUGACGCAGUAGCACCUGGCAACAACGGCUACAAGGACCAAGUGUCGGCGCUCCGUUGGGUCAAACGAAACAUUGCUGCGUUCGGUGGUGAUCCGGGAAAGGUCACUAUAGCUGGAUGUAGUGCUGGAUCUAUCAGUGUCAUGUUACACAUGAUUUCUCCUAUGUCCAAAGGAUUGUUCCAUCGAGGUAUUGCCAUGUCCGCUUCCCCCAUGGGUAAGGAACCACUGCCCUCGCACCAAAUGAAUUUAGCGCAAAAACAGGCAAAGAUCCUCAAUUGUCCCACCAAUUCAUCGCGAGCCAUUGUCGACUGUUUAAAGACUAAGUCCUGGCAAGAAAUGGGCAACUCGCUUUUAGGAUUCUGGGAUCAAUUUGGCUUCGAUCCCAUAGGUUUCUGGAACCCUGUUGUGGAACCUGACGUAGGUCAGCCGCGCUUCCUCGCCGUGCAGCCUGAUGAGGCAGUACGCAAGGGCCACAUGCAUGCAGUACCGCUGCUUAUUAGCCAGACCGAGGACGAGUUUUACUGGAAGGCAUUUAGUGUCACAAAGAACAAAACUGUGAUGGACCGUAUGAAUGCCGAAUGGGAAAAAAUAGCACCUAUUUCGUUUGCUCUUCCCGAGAAGAAUUCUGCAGCAGCCAGCCGUCGUCUCAAGGAGGUGUAUCUAAGCGGCAAACCAGUUACAAACACUCCUAAGAGUAAUAAAGAUCUUGGAAAGUUGUAUGGGGACAGCUGGAUAGGACUUAACGUGCACAGGAUGGCAAACUUGAUGUGUCGGCACUCGCCACAGCCAGUAUGGUACAGCGUCUUCAGUUACAUUGGUAACAACAGUUUCUACGAGGAUCCGCAAACUGGAAAGCCUGCAGGCGCAGCGCACCACGACGAUCUGAUCUACCUAUUCUCCAUGAGUUACUUCCGAACUCCGAUCAAGGCUCGCUCGCCGCCGCUGCCCGCUCCACAAGAUCAUAUCAUCGUCGAGCGCAUGACCGCCAUUUGGUACACCUUCGCCAAACAUGGGGACCCGAACCCUCGUGAAGCCGAGUUGCCGGAGCUGUCCUCGCUCCACUGGCCAGCUAUGAAGCCCGAGGACAGGAAGUACCUGAAGGUGGACCGCCAGUUCUCCGUGCACGAGAAACUGCACGAGAACCAGCUGCAAGUCUGGGACGAGCUCUACCCCAUGCAGUUUUAAAUUGACUGUAAAUACUGUGAUAGAGUCAUACCAAGCAGUUGGCAGCGACUUUGACACUCAAACUACUAGGAAAUAAUAAGAUUAAUUAAAUCCUUUCUCAGACGGGGCUAUCAAAAUCGUUGCUUACUUAUUUUGGUUUGCCUCUACAAGCCAAGGCUGUGCCUAAAUCUAAGAAUAAAUAUUACUAAAUAUAUAAAAUUCA